AUCAUGAGGCAGCCCAGGGGCGCCGCCAGCAGCGGGCGGGAGGGCGCCGAGUGAGCCCCCCUCAGGCCCCGGACCCUUCUCUCCCAUGGAAGGGAACCGCGACGAGGCGGAGAAAUGCGUCCAGAUCGCGCGCCAGGCCCUGGAGGCCGGCAACCGGGAGAGGGCCCUGCGCUUCCUCCACAAGGCCCAGAAGCUCUACCCGACCCAGGCAGCCAAAGUGUUACUGGAAGCAAUUAUGAAGAAUGGGAGUGCUGCUGGAAGUGGCACGUACUUUCGAAAGCCAGCAAAUAGCAAUGAUCAAAGUAAACCUAACAAUAUGAAGGACAGAAGUGCAUCUGCUGCAGGUGAAAGUGGGAAGGCAUACACCAAAGAUCAAGUUGAAGGAGUACAAAGUAUAAAGAAAUGUAAAAAUUAUUAUGAAGUCCUUGGAGUGUCCAAAGAUGCUGGUGAGGAGGACCUGAAGAAAGCUUAUCGAAAGCUUGCUCUGAAGUUCCAUCCAGACAAAAAUCAUGCACCAGGAGCCACCGAAGCUUUUAAAAAGAUUGGAAAUGCAUAUGCUGUGUUAAGCAAUCCAGAAAAAAGAAAGCAGUAUGACCUCACAGGUGGUGAAGAGCCAUGCAGUCAUCCUGGCAAUGGUAGAUUUAACUUCCACAGGGGCUGUGAAGCAGAUAUCACUCCUGAGGACCUUUUCAACAUGUUCUUUGGAGGAGCAUUCCCAACAGGUAGUGUACAUUCCUUUUCCAAUGGACGGUCUGGAUACAGUCAUCAUAAUCAGCAUCGUCACAGUGGACAUGAAAGAGAAGAGGAGCGGGGUGAUGGUGGCUUCUCUAUGUUCAUUCAGCUAAUGCCAGUUAUUGUGCUGAUCCUUGUCUCUUUGCUGAGCCAGCUGAUGGUUUCUAAUCCUCCUUAUUCCUUAUAUCCAAGAUCAGGAUCAGGGCAGACCAUUGAGAUGAAGACAGAAAACUUGCGCAUUCCUUAUUAUGUCAACAAAGACUUUAAAAAUGAAUAUAAGGGUACAAAUUUGCAGAAGAUAGAAAAGAGUGUGGAAGAGGACUAUGUGUCAAAUAUCCGAAAUAAUUGUUGGAAAGAGAGACAACAAAAAACAGAUUUACUGUAUGCAGCAAAAGUGUACCGGGAUGAACGACUCCGAAGGAAAGCAGAAGCCAUCUCUAUGGAUAACUGCAAAGAACUAGAACGAUUGACCAGUAUCUAUCGAGGAGGAUGAGUUUUGGCCCAUACUGCACUGAAGUACACAAUCUCUAUAUGAUUAAAAAGAAAAAAAAAUCUGUAAACUGAGAAAAUACUGUUCUGUCAUGACAGCUAAAAAGCGGGAUGUAAAACUACUGUGUAGCUGUUUCCAAAAACCUUAUCCUGAAGUUCCAAUAUCAUUUAAUAGCCUUUUAGUUUGAAAUAUAUGACACAGUUUGUUUACAUCAUUGAAUUGUCCUUUAAAUUUUACUUCCCAUGCUUCUGUGAACUCUUCUACAAGGAAGAAGUAGCUCAGAUUGGCUGGCUACACUUGUAGAAAUGUAGACAUAGUGAUUUUCCUUCUAAAAUACUUGCCAUGUAAAUACAUGUGGGAAAAGAACACUAGAGUGUAUAUAAAUAUGUUAAAGAAAUAUCAGAAAGCAUAUUUAGAGUCAUUAAAACUUUUAAUCUCAUGGAUGGAAUAAAUGAUAUGACUACAUCAUUCUUUACUGAGAUAGCAAGUGCGUGGAAUUGAAAGAAAAAAACAACUUUUUGCAUAAAAUUCUAGCUUGAAGAAAUUUAGUAUCUUUUUCUUAAUAAGCCAUUUUGAUUUGUAAUUAAAAUGGUUGAUUAAAGUAGUUUUCUACCAGAGUAUCAGCAUUCCUGUUGCAGAUUUAACACUUCAUAUCUAAGCAGUGACAGUGUUAAUAAAUGUACCAGGCUAUUUCUUGCUGAAUGAAACAUAAUCGCCCUAAAAGAUAAAUGUACAAAAAUGUCAUUUAGUACUGAGUGCAUUUAGCAUUCUGUUCUUUGGUACUCUAAAUAGUGUAAUAAAGCCAGUACUGCUGCUGCAUUCCUCCACUACCCUUUUUAAAAUGUGAGUCACAGACAAAUUCUUCCAACAUGGGAGGCAUGGAAUGUCCUAGGUUGUGCUGUGAUUCCAGAAGCAAGCUUGAUAUACAUUGGUGUUUAAAAAUAACAAUUUGGCAGCCUGGCAUUUUUGUUAACAUACAGCACUGAUUUUCCUGGACAUUAGACUGAUCAAGAAAGUUGUUCGUGAAGUUCAGCCGUGUGCCUUUGAACCAUUUUGCUGAUUCUCAGGUUGUCUUGAAUUGCUGCUAUCAGUUGUACCUGGAACUUCACAUUUGCCCAGUGAUGCCAACUAAGAAGACAUAUAGCAGGUGUUUCAGUCCAGAUGUAUGGAAGAUAUAUUUUUAUAAAGAGCAUUGAGUAGCACUAAAUAAUGGAAGUGAUCAGAUUUUGAGGAAGCAUAUAGAAAACAUGCAUGUAAUCACUUGCUAAUCUAAAUGCAGUUUUGGAGAACAUGAACACUGCAGACCUGGUGCCUGUGAAAUGAGGAUUUUAGCUAAUGUUUGUAAGCUAUUGCACAUCAAAUUCUGCCACAAAAAAUAUUUAGUUUGUUUUUUUAACUUUCCAUGAUUUGUUGUACGGGCAGCAACUGUGGGUUGUCUUAGAAAAUAGUAGGAAUCUGCAAAAUUAUUUCAACUUAUAUCACCAAAAGAUGUAGCGUACCAUUUCCCCCCAUAGUAAAGGAAUUCAGUGAGAUCUAAUUCAUAUAAGUAAGUAUUUAAAAAAAAAUAGAUUAAAUGUUUCUAAAGAGGUUUGUAAAUCCAUUACCUUUGAUUUAGAGGACUAUUCGAACACAAAGUUUGGUUAUUCAUUUUGGAGCAAAAGUUCUACAAACACAUGAGAGCCUUUCAAUGGCUAACUAUCUGGAUGCAUCAAUCAUGAUUUCAUAGCUGCUGUUCCAAAUUAUGGCUGUUUUUGUAUAAACUUUUUGUAGCAUGUAUCUGAAAUGCGUUACAGAUGAAGAAGAAUACCAGAACAGAAUGGCUGUGAGUUGCGGAAGUAACAGCAAUUGGGGAAAAAUGUUUAAAAAUAAGAGCUUCAAUAACUGAGCAGAAUAAUUGUUCUUCCUUUCAAUUUGUUUCACUUCCAUAUUCAAGGUGUGGGUCCAAUAUACAAUAAUGCUUGAGAAUAUGUAUAUAAGAGAUUCUGUUUAGUUCUUGCCCCCUUCUUCACCAAAGUAGGUUUCCUUCUUCAUCAUCCAUCUAAUAUAUUUAAACUCCAUUUGUUUAGUUUAUUUUGUAGAAUAUACAGUAUGUGUAAAUUUGCAAAAUUUGCUUAAAUGUUAUGUGCAAUAUCAUAUAUAAGAGUCCCCCCUUUCAUAAUUUGCUUCUUUUAAUUUACAGUAAGCUGUUGUAGUCCUGUGAGCCUUAUGGGACAUCCAGGGCCUUUUUUUCAAUCUGCCCAUAACUGAUACACCUCCACCCCAUGGUAGAAUAUGCCAGUAUUUUCACUCCUGUAAGCAUCCAGGAGCUAUAGCUUUGCUUGUUCCCCACCCCAACCCCAAAUGGAGGUUUUCAAAACUGAAAGUGGGACUUCCAGCUUUGUUUGUAGAAUUCUUUGUAUUUUGUGUGUGUUAUCUGGUGCAAUGCAACCUACAAUGGAUUUAAGGGCUGAAAUUUGGCUGCUAGACUUCUUGCAUUCCUAUUUUAUAAGGGCAAUAUGGCAGAGACAGAAGUCUUAAGUGGUUUCUUUCAGAAUGGUUGGAUUUGCGUGGAUCGUAAAUAUGCCAUUAUGGGCAACUUCCGACCAAAUAUAUAUGAAAAGAGUAAGCAAGUUUGUUUUCCAGGGACCUGCCCCAGAUCACACACUCUUUUGUGUGUUGUGUGUGUGUGGUAUUCCCCCCCCCCCCCAACUGUAAUGACUAAGUUCACUUCUAUUAUUUUUUUAACACUAUCUCACCUCCUCCCAAUAAUGUAAAAUUACUGUUCCUGGAGGCAAAUCUAUUAUUAUUAUUAUUAUUAUUAUUAUUAUUAUUAUUAUUUGCCAAAAAAAUAAAUAAAUUGAGGUGUCCAAGAGGGAUCUGGGGGCCAUCCUUUCCAUAUUUCUGAUGUAUAUAGCUGCAUCACCAAAUGGUUUUGAAGGAGGCCACAACUAAAGGACCUUAUGUACAAUGGGGUGAGAUUCUUUGAAUCUAUAAUUACUUCAUUGUUUUACUGGGCCUACCUAUACACCUGGGCAUUUAUUGACUGAAGUUUGAAUUUCUCAAAGUGGCUUUUCAUGAGCCAACAAAGCCAUCUUCUAGCAAUUGAUAAACAAAGGCUAAAUAAUCCAUUGGUAACCGACAGUUAAAAUACUUUCAAGAUCAUUGCCGUGGUUUUGUGGAAACAGAAUGGAUUCACCUCAGAGAAUUUAGUUGGUAGAAAAGCUAAUCUGCUAACACUGUUCUCCCAAACUACAAGUAACAGCAAUGAUGAUACUGGGGAACCUGUGGCUGAACUCAUAUUCAUGGAGCAUAUGUUUAAAAGUUUAUGAUAGUAAUACAUGGAACUUAUGUCACUUACAAUGAAGGGGAUCAUGGAGUCUUAUAGUGUUGGACUCCCAAGUCUCAGCAGCCUUAACUGAUACAGAAUAGUAGGAAUGCAGUCAACAACAUUGGGAGAGCUGCAUGAUUCCCACCCAUUACUUGGAAGUUCAUCUUAAAUGGUGAACAUUGCCAUUGUAAACCUAUGCCAGGGGUAGGGAAAAAACAGCAAAUUUUUUCGCAUGUCCUCCAUUUUUUAAAAAAAGUGUCUUCCAUUUGAAAAUUUUGUCCUACAUUUGUCCUGGUUUAUUUAUAUAUUUAAUUUUUUUUAAAAAAAAUAGUUAAUUAUUUAUUUUUUGGCUUCGGCCCCCCAGUUGUCUGAGGGACAGCAACCCGGCCCCCGGCUCAAAAAGGUUGCCUACCCCUGACCUAUGCUCUUCCCAUAGAAGGCAAUUCUCCUCUUACAGGUUGUCUUUCCUUCCCAUCAUUUCCUUUCUUUUGUUGCAGCUCACCAUGUGACAUCAUGCACUGUCUGUAGUGGUCCCUCAACCCUUUCUGUAGGUGGAGGGCUGUAUGGAUAGGAGUGGUGAGGAAAGCCUUGUGCAAAUAAGAGCCUGCCUGUUUGUCUUUCAGUCCAAAUCAUACAGUUGAAAUAACACCUGUUGAAACUAGUGGAACUUGUUUCCAAAUAAUACAUAAAGUUAAGCUACUUAAACACUUUUCCCUCCACAUUUGAUGGUGUUAGGAGCACAGGACCCCCAUGAAUGUGGGGGAAAUGCAAAUAACAAAAACACUGCUUUUACCUGAGAGAACACCUCUCUAGGAAUUGCUAGGUCCUCCAGUGCCAGACAUCUGCCAGACACUGACCAUAGAAUUGUGCUUUUAUUCUUACUUGAAAGUAGCUGUAAGAUUUUGAUUACAGUUAUGUUGUUGGGGAAGUGGAUGGCAAACUCUUUCCAUGAAAGCUAUUUCCCCCUGUCUAAACCUGUUAGCAGUCAAAUGUGGAACUAAAAUCAGGAUGGCCAACUGGUGUCCCUUAUCGAUAACAGGACUGCAACAACAUCUAGAUGGCUACAUGUUGUCUAUUCAUGUUUCAGGAAAAAGGCAAAAAUGCUUGCUAAGCCAGUCACAGAUAGUUUACAUGUAAUUCAGCCCUUCCAUACUCAUUGUCCAGUUUACACCUAGUUAAGAGUGCAGCUUUUGGUGAAGCCCAUUUUGGUGAAGCUGCAUAAGGUUAAAAGUGUUUCUGUUCUGUUUAAAUCAGGGGUGGGAAAAGUACAAUCACAGGGGACCAUUUUUGUAGCCUCCAAGGCUACACAAUGUCCUUUAGGAGAUGGGGAGGGCAUUUUCACCAAGUUUGGAAGCCUUCUGGAUCUCUCAUAGGUAAAAAAAAAUACUAACCAAGAAGUAAAAAAUAAUGUCAAAAAUAAUUAACCUUCAGAUGAGUUUUGUUGUUGUUGUUGUUGAAAAAACAAAUUAAACCAUGACCCAGAGUGAUGCCUGGAAAUUAUAGACAAAACGUAUUUUGUUUGUUGUCAUGUUUUGUUUGUAUAAUGCUGAAUAAAAUAAUUUUUUAAAAGAAGUUAAAAAUGCAAAAUCUUCCAAAAAAAGUUUUUAAUGAAGUUACUCUCUGGAGUGUGAAAAACUUUCCCAGCGAGGCUUUUUUUAAAAAAACAAAGUGAUUUCUGUUCACUUUCUAUUAUUAAAAUGCCCACUGCCGAGCCUAAAAUAGCUGAGGAAGGCCCCAAAAGUAGGACCAUGUCCCUUUGAGGGUGCUUGGAGGGAGGAUUUUUUUAAUGGGAGUAAGGUGGCCCACCAAAGUCUCCUUGGGAGCAAUUGCAGCCCUCUAGCCUUCCAUAGUUGCUCACCCCUGCUUUACAUGGCUUAUGGUCUGAACUAGCACUUACUUAAUUCGCCUUCCAGAUUACCAUGAUUUAUAAAAGAUCCCCUUGAAGCAUGGGAUUUGGGUUUGUUUUGGGGGGGGGGGGGUUAAGAAUAGUCACCAUUUUUGACAUCUUUGUAAAUACAGUGCACCUGCAUCAUAUGCAGGCAUGCUUUAUGCAGCUUUCUGCAUAUGCUGAAAGCCGCACGGGGAGAAGGGGCAGCACGUCCCAGAGGGAACAAUGGGGCACACGCUCAUGGUGCAUGCGCACCACCAUGUGUAUGAGCCCCAUUCAUUUAAAUGGGACUCGAGUUAGGCAGAAUUUGCUUUAUGCGGGGGAAUCCAGAACGGAUCCCUCGCGUAAAGUAAAGGCACACUGUAAGCCAAAUAUGUAUCCUGAUAGUCUCGACUUAACUAAUGUGCUACAAGCAUAAGCCUAGUGACAAGGCUUGAUGCCUUUUGCUGAGUUUACAUGUUGCUGUUGCUGUGUUCCCAAUCCUCUCCUUUUGGCACUGUGCCUAUUUUUAUCUUUUAAAUCUGUGGUUAGUUAUCAAAUAAUCACCAGCUUACAAAAUACAAGAAAGAUCUAAUUAUGAAUCCAUCAGUCAUUCAAUAAGUGGUAAUAUUCUCGUAUCUGUCAGCAUCUUAAUUUCCCUGUUUUUUAAAGCCAAGUAGACCCAGUGUGAUAUAGUAGUUUGAAGACUGUACUAUGACUCUAGAGACCAGGGCCUGAAUCCCCCACUCAGCCAUAGAAAGCCACCGGGUGACCUUGGGCAAGUCACACACUCUCAACCUCAAAGAAAGGUGAAAGCAAACCCCCUCUGAAAAAUCUUGCCAAGAAAACCCCAUUAUUGGUUCGUCUUAGGGUAGCCAUAGGAUAGAAAUGACUUAAAUGUACAAGCAUAUCUCUAAAUGACUAAUCAGUUUGGGGACAAUCUUAUUUUUCAAAUGUUCACUUUACUAAGGAUUAGUUCAGUGUUUAAUUGUUACUUUGACAAGCUGCUUAGUAUGUGUAUUUUGUCCCUCACUUCUUUGCACCAAAUUCUUACUCCCAAGCUUUUACAGUACUGUGUGCACUGAUGUAUAUAUUUUCCAGCUUCAUUUCAGCAUCUGAUUGUGUAAUAUUUUCCCACACUGUUUUCAUAUGGUCUGCAUUUCUCCAUUCCCUUUUUCACCAAUUUAUGGCCCAGUGCAAGUAUAACAGUUAAUUGCAAGUAACAUUAACCAUGGUUUAUUGCAGAAACUUGGUUGAGAUCCUACAUACAAUGAAAUUCAUGGCUUAUCUUGCUAAACUAUGCUUUGUUCACAGGACGUUUCUACAGGCAGUAGUUGCUUAUCACUUUGAAUUGGAGAGAAGAAGUAAAUAUCCUUAAAGCCUAUCUACCCCCAGUGUAGAAGUAAUACUUAACCAUAGAUUUGCAAACAAGAUUGUAGUGGCUGAUGCAGUCUGGGUUCACGUCCUCAUGUUUAGCUAAUUUUUAACCAUAGUAUAUAUUCUGAAUAAAAUGCGUUCCAUCAAGGCAAGUGUGUGAGAGAAGACAUUCUAGUUUUUACAGGAAAGGAAAGGAGACUCCAUGUAUGAUGGGUAUUCUCCAGCGACGUGAAGCUACACUGUGAAAAAUAACCAAUGUCCUACAGACAAAUGAUGUUUUCAGACCAGUUGCUGCCCAUGGAUUAUGAUCUGAUAGUGACUAUUGAUUUGUUGGAUUGGAUUUCCUAAAACACGUCAGAUUCUACAAGCUUAACGUGACAAUGAGCUAUACUGGCAACAAGAAGUGUUAUUUUUAAGUAAAGGUGUUCAGGACUGAAUGGUCAGACAUCUACUGACAGCUUUAAAAACUUGAAGGGGCUUCAGUGUUACUUUUGGAAGUGCUGAUAAAAUGAGAGCUCUGUUUGUGAAUCAUGCUUUGGCAGCCUAUAAUGGAAGCCUUACAAAUGAAAAUCUGUGCAAUUGAGGGUGGCAUCUAAACAAAGGAGAUGUUUAUUUAACUGUAGAUGUAAUGGUUAGGUUUAAAAAAAUAAAAUUAAUUUGUAAUUUAACUAAUGUAACAUCAAACUUGUAUCAAAAUAAAAUUAUUUUCAGUGUGAAUAAAA